AUUUCUCUCUUUUCCACAGUGUCAGGAACCAUGAAUGUAUCAGGAGGAAACAGAGUGACUGAGUUCGUCCUUCUGAGCUUUCCUUGCCCCAGGAACAUACAGAUCCUGCUCUUUGGGAUAUUCUCUCUGGCCUAUGUCUUGACCUUAUUGGGGAAUGGGUCCAUAAUCUGUGCAGUGAGGUUGGAUCACCAGCUACACACCCCUAUGUACUUCCUACUGGCCAACUUCUCCUUCUUGGAAAUCUGCUACAUUAACACCACGGUUCCUAACAUUUUGGCCAACUUUCUCUCUGAGGCCAAAACCAUCUCCUUCACCGCCUGUUUUGUCCAGUUCUACUUCUUCUUUUCCACAGGUGCCACUGAGACUUUCUUCCUAUCUCUUAUGGCUUUCGAUCGGUACUUGGCCAUUUGUCAGCCUCUGCAUUACCCCAUGAUCAUGACAGGACAUUUUUGCAUCAAAUUAGUAUUCCUUUGCUGGGUGAGUGGCUUCCUCUACUUCCCAGUCCCUAUUUGCUUCAUGACUCAAUUACCUUUCUGUGGUCCAAAUAUCAUUGAUCACUUUGUCUGUGACCCAGGUCCCUUGCUGGCUCUGUCUUGUGCCCCUACCACAGGGAUUGAACUCUCUUAUUCUAUCCUAAACUGUCUCCUCAUCUUUGUCACCUUCCCUUUCAUCCUUGGAUCCUACACGCUAGUACUCAGAGCUGUCUUGAAUGUUCCUUCUGCAGCUGGCCGGAAGAAAGCUUUCUCCACAUGUGGUUCCCAUCUAAUUGUGGUCUCUCUGUUCUACGGGACCCUCAUGGUCAUGUACAUCAGUCCAAAAUCUGGAAAUUCAUCUGGUUCACAGAAAAUUUUUACUUUAUUUUACUCAGUAGUGACCCCACUGGUGAAUCCCUUGAUCUACAGUCUGCGUAACAAGGAAAUGAAGAUUGCUCUAAGAAAAGUCCAGAUGAGCAUAAAAACCAUCCAUAGAAGAUAA